CUCUGUGCUUGCUUGUCUCACAGUGAGACAGAGAGAGAGAUAGAUGGCGAGACUGUGUAUGAAUUUGAGCACUGGCAAAGCUCUGACCAUGGCAUGUGCUAAAGAAGGUGAACAUACCAGUGGAGUUCAACUUCCUGAAAAGACUCGAAACUCGAGGGUUCUGAUACUUGGAGGAACUGGAAGAGUUGGAGGGUCCACCGCCAUUGCUCUUUCCAAGCUCUGUCCCGACCUUCGCAUUGUUAUUGGCGGCCGAAACAGGGAGAAAGGUGCUGCUAUGGUGUCUAAGCUUGGAGUGAACUCGGAAUAUGCUGAAGUCAACAUUGACGAUAUUAAAUUAUUGAAAUCAACUUUGAAUGAUGUAGAUCUUGUUGUUCACACUGCUGGGCCAUUCCAACAGGCAGAGAAGUGCACUGUGCUGGAGGCUGCCAUAGAGACCAAGACAGCAUAUGCUGAUGUAUGUGAUGAUACAAACUAUUCAUGGCGCGCAAAAUCUUACAUGAAUCAAGCAGUAGCUGCAGGCAUUCCAGCCAUAACAACCGGAGGAAUCUACCCAGGAGUGAGCAAUGUGAUGGCAGCAGAGCUUGUUCGUACUGCUAAAAGUGAAAGCAAGGGUGCGCCAGAGAGACUGAGAUUCUUCUACUACACAGCAGGCUCUGGCGGUGCUGGCCCAACAAUAUUAUCCACGAGUUUUUUACUUCUUGGAGAAGAGGUUGUUGCAUAUAAUAAAGGAGAAAAAAUCAAAAUGAAGCCUUAUAGUGGAAUGCUCAACAUCGACUUUGGAAAAGGGAUUGGAAAGAGAGAUGUUUUUCUCUUGAAUUUGCCUGAGGUCAGAAGUGCCCAUGAGUUCCUUGGAGUCCCAAGCGUUAGUGCCCGAUUUGGAACUGCACCGUUUUUCUGGAAUUGGGGAAUGACAGCUAUGACAAAUCUACUUCCUGCUGAUUUUCUAAGAGAUAGAAGCAAAGUUAAUCGGUUGGUUGAAUUAUUUGAUCCACUAGUUCGAGCAGUCGAUGGAAUAGCUGGAGAGCGUGUUUCAAUGAGGGUUGACCUAGAAUGUUCAGAUGGACGCAAGACGGUAGGAAUUUUCAGUCACAGAAAACUCUCUAUAUCCGUGGGAAUUGCAACAGCUGCUUUUGCACUUGCUGUUCUUGAGGGAAGUACACAACCUGGGGUUUGGUUUCCAGAAGAGCCAGAAGGAAUCGCAAUUGAAGCAAGGGAAGUUCUUCUCAGUCGGGCUGCACAAGGAACAAUCAAUUUUGUAAUGAACAAGCCUCCGUGGAUGGUGGAAACAGACCCUAAAGAGGUUGGACUUGGAAUAUAUAUGUGAACAAUUUCUAUAUCUAAUUCUACCACAGUUGAAGGGUAUUGUUCAGCUUACCAGCCCACACAACAUAGGAAGUGCAAAUAGUAGCAUUGCAGAGUUACACAUUUUGAGGAAUUGCGAACCUCCAUAGACCCUUAUGAGAAGCGAGCAGAAAAUCUAGAAACAUUUGUAUUUUUACUGCAGUAUACUAGGUAGAGUUCUCAUUCUUUAGAAAAACUGUUAAAUGUGUUUCAUUCUUUGAACAAUCAACCAUUGGAAAAACUAUUUCAUGAACAUUCUGAUUUUUUGUAUUUUACUUGAGCCUUGGUUCGUACCUGAUAAAGAGGAG